UCUGAGUUUAGAGAGUUAAACUAAAUGGCCAUGUAGUAUAUAUAUAUAUCUAAACCUUUCUUUGGAUAUUGGUCUUUUGCAAAAACUAUCAUUUACAAAAUUAUUUUGAUUAUACUUAUGUUUAUGAUUGCUUGCCUUUUUACAGUUACAGGGAAAAUCAUCUCAGCAUCUCCGGAGCAGACGUGAUGACUUCAAAUGAAACUGACAAUGAGAAUGUGUUUCUCUGCUAUCCACUCCGGUCGGACUCCUGUCCAAAAGUACAACGUUUUACUGUAGUUAAAGUGGCAAUGUAUGCUUUCUUGAUGCUGAUUAUCCUCACAACAGUUUUUGGGAAUCUGCUGAUCAUCAUCUCCAUCUCUCACUUCAAACAUCUGCAGUCUCCAACUCAUCUGAUCGUUCGCUCUCUGGCUGCCAGUGAUUGUCUGCUGGGCUCUUUUGUCAUGCCGCACAGCAUGGUGCGAUCUGUUGAAGGCUGCUGGUAUCUGGGAGAUUUUGUGUGUAAAGUGCAUUCUAGUUUAGACACGACCUUCUGUAUCUCUUCCAUGCUGCAUCUCAGUUUAAUAUCUGUUGACAGGUACUGGGCCAUUUGUGAUCCUUUAAGGUACAAAAUGAGGGUCACAAACAACACUGUGACUGUAUUUACAACCUUCACAUGGCUGUUUGCAUUUGUGUACAGCUUUUAUGUUGUGUUUUCAGGGGUGAACACUAUUGGCCUGGAGUCGUUUAUCAUGCAGGUUUACUGUGUGGGAAGUUGUGUUCUGUUUUUUAACAAACAGUGGGGUCUUAUAUGUCCAAUUGUCACAUUCUUCCUUCCCGGAACAAUCAUGACCUCUCUGUAUAUGAAAAUCUUCCAUGUUGCAAGAAAACAUGCAAAGGUUAUGUCAGAAAGAGUGACAGCAGGAGGGUUGAAGAGCCAACGCUCUGCACACAGAGAAGGAAAAGCAGCAAAAAUUUUGGCCAUUGUUAUUGGUGUUUUUCUGUUUUGCUGGCUGCCUUUUUUCAUUGUUAAUGCUCUCAACCCCUUUUUCAAUUUUUUUACACCAGCUGAUAUUUUUGAUGCUGUAAUUUGGUUUGCAUAUUUUAACUCCACCUGUAACCCCUUGAUUUAUGGAUUUUUCUACCCUUGUUUUCAGAAUGCAUUUAAGAUUCUUAUAUCCACUUAUAUCUGUGGCAUCAAGGAUUCAAACACCUUGAAUUUUGAAUGAAUACAACAAGCACGCUUAUUUUGAGCAUCACAAUGAUUUUUUUUUGUAAUUCUUUUUAGUUCAUAUAUGCUGAAGCCAUUUUGCAAAUAUACUUUCUUAUGAAAAGCGAUCUUUACAUUUUGUAAUCUGGUGGAAAAGAGGGGCUCAAACAUGGCAUGCAGGUCUAAAAUUAAUGUUCAAAAAACCCUUUUUUAAAAAUAGACAUUUUCGGAGAAAUUUGCUUGUACUGUGUUUAGAAAAAUAUAUUUCAAUAGAAUUAAAAUCUAAAUAGCCUCCAUUUUUGUGACAUUAAUAUGUUAAAUAUGUUUAAUACAUUAAACUCACAUUUUAAUAGAUUUAUUCAUAUUUUGGCAGUUUAUUUGAUUUAAAUUUCCUGAUUUGCAUCCAGGAUUUGGAUUCAAUAUAUUAUUGAACAUUAAUGGAGCAUUGUGUGGGAAAGGAAAUCAUAAAGUUGUUUAAAAAUCAUAUAAAUGUAUGAGGUGGUGAGGAGCACACUCAGUGUAAAUAGACUCAUACAGGCCCUAUAGGCUCAUAUAGGGCCCCAGUUUAGCUAAAUGUAAAAAAAAUCCCAGUUUUAUGAUUUAUUCGUAUUUAACUGUUGUUUAGACACAAGUCAAAUUUCAAGUCUGUUUUAUUAUUAAAUUUCUUACAUUAUUAUGUUAGUCCAUUCUGAAGUCUGUUAUUGCCUACAGGUCACUUUAUAUACAGUAUAAUAUUUUCUCCCUCAAUGUUUAUUUUUAUCAGAAUGUGAAUAACAUGGAAUGACAUCUAUAAAUGUCAUUAAUAAAUGUUACUAGCCAACCAAUAACAGGAACGCCCACCACUGACUAAUAACAGAGCGUGUUCACUGGUGCGGAGCGAGCGGAACAGAGCGAGUGUUUUCAAAUAAUUCCUUUUGAAGUUGAACUUCACUGUGAAUUAUGAGAUCGACAGCGGACCUGUGUGGUAACAAAUCAGGUCCUCCCUUGAAAUAUAUAUCAUGUUGCUGUGUCUCUGGCAUUGCAAACUGGGCUCACGCCAAGCAAUGAGGAUUGCCAGGUCCCAGGAAAAGUUUCAGCCCGAAGCUGACUGAAACUCCAUACAAAAAAGGAAUGAAAACUUGCUUACUUUUUAACUCACUGUAGUCUGUACACAUCAUCAAAAUAAUA